GGCGUCUCUCUCCAAGUGUAAGAGGCAACUCAGAAUAGGAAAAAAGAAACAAACGUCAACGUAACUUCAAGGAUAGCCGGUCCCCGAUCAUAAAGAAGCACUGUAUUUAUGCGGUGCCACUGGCAAACAGCGAUUAAUGCCAAUGCAGAACUUGACUAACCCGCGGCGUGGGAUAGCGUGUGAUAUCUGGAGAUAAAACCUCAAGUCUACCGACUUCAAACCGGCGAUCAGCACACAUGAGAGACAGGGAACUGACAAGCAAGAACUGAACCACCUGUGGAAAAAUUAUGGGGGAAUUUCUGUAAGGUGUUCAUUUAUUUAACUCCUACCCUCUUCAACUCAUUGAUCCGCCCAUCUGCUCUAACACUGGUCCUAAUAUCUGCCAUCUGCCCAAUUAUCGGCCACAGUUACUUUACUCCGUUAGCUUCUCUUAACCCCGGAUCCCACUGUGACUGGUCCGUCACACUCCACCCCCCCUCCUGCCCCAAACCUCCCCAGAACCCCUUUCCAUCUCUGAGACAUGCGCCGAUUCAGCUCCGAAGGCUCUUUGCUGGACUUGGACUUUCUGCCCUGGAAACGGGUGACCCUGAUCGAGCCAGACUGUGAGGUAGAUGGCGAGGUCAGCACUUACUCACUGUGCCCAGGCGAAGAUCCCUCCCCAGGCAUCCGGAUGGCAGUCACAGGGGCUGGGGAGGAGUCGGCCCCCAAGCAGAAGCAGGAACGUGGAAAGUUAGUCAAAGAGCUCAGCGUUAGCGUGGAGAACCUGUCUGGCUUGGAGAAGCUGGAGCACACGGAUGGCUUUCUGGGCGUGGGGGCCAUCAGUGAAGGCUGCCGGGCUUACAGUGACAGCCAGCUGGCCCCGGGGGCAGCCGAAGGCGAGCGACCAUCCCCCAUUUCCUCCCCUACCUCAGCGCCCUCCUUCUCCGCCAGAUCCCUCCACAGGCAACAUGCUCGGGCCAAGCUAGCGGCAGCCAAACUCCACCUGAAGAGUCUGUUCGGACAGAACCACCAAACGCCACACCCAACGCAUGUCAGCUCAGAGCAGAGAGACAAUGAGAGCAGGACAAGAGAGAGGAGGUCCCGCCUUCCAUUCCUCCGGCAAUGGAGUCAGGUCGGCCAUGGCAACGCCAGCCUUAGCCACGAGGAACUGUUGUCGUGGGCGGAGUCUCUGAAUGUGCUGCUGGCCAGUCGCACCGGCCUGUCUGUCUUCGGGGCGUUCCUGCGCUCCGAGUUCAGUGAGGAGAACCUGCAGUUCUACCUGGCCUGUGAACAGUACCGGCACUCCUCCACCAACUUCAGCCUCCAGAGGCGAGCACGGGACAUAUGUGCCACCUACAUCCAGCCAGGGGCGUCCAGAGAGGUCAACCUGGACGGCAAAACAAGGGAGCUGACCAUGCAGCUGCUGCAGGCCCCGUCCCGCAGCUCGCUGUGUCCCGCCCAGCGCCGCAUCUACUCGCUCCUGGACACAGACUGCUAUCCCCGCUUCCUACAGUCGCAUCUUUACCAGUCUCUGCUAAAGGACGCUCACUAGGCUGCAAACGUCUACGGGAGGGGGGGCAGCGAGAGACAGCUAGCAGCGUCAUGUAACUCCAGCGCCGGGGCUGAGGAGAGACGGAAAAGGAGACACAACCAGGCAGCGGCCAUUGCUCCAUGUUACUCAUGCUGCCUGUCAAAUCAUGCAUGUUAUCUUUCUUCUUUUUUUAUUUUCAGCUACCCGACCUUUGUUUUCUCAGCUCCCCACACAGACAUAGGCCGGUGGAGACAAGUAAACUAACCGGGCACAGACUGUCAUGGUGGGGGGGGGGGUGUCCAGGUGCAAUGUGGGAUACUCUGCGUUUUCAGGUGUAUUGUAACCAAGUGAAGAGCUGUCCCCGUGUUUUGGAACCAGGUUUUCCUGGGCCGUGGACUGGACAGACUGGCAAACCAUGACAGAAUGGGCCCCUCCACUCGGCAGAAUGCACCCACAGGGUAACAUUUUGCCAGUGGGCCCAAAAUUUUAUGCUACGGCCCGAGUGAAGUUAGCUUGUUGCAGCGAUGUCAGCUUUCAGAAGGUCACAACAAUUUUUAUGCCUUUUUUUUUUACAGUGUAAACAGACUGUUUCUUUUUUUAGAGGGUUUUAGAGAAACAACAAUGAAAGAAGUGAGAUGGGUAUCUAGUUCUGACUUUUCCAAAAAGGGAGUUUCUGCCAUCGCAUCAGCCGCCCCACAAAGCAGCCUCACACACCCGCCACUACGGCCGAAUUCCUUCCCUCUCUCAGCCAGUCAGCUCUGUUUCCGAUGUCCUCCAUUGGAAGACAAACAUUGUGUAUCAGCCGGGAAACUCAUCUUGUCAUGGAAGGAACGUUAUCUCCAUGCCCGCAGGCAGGAGAGCACUUAAAACACAGGAUAUGUGAUUCAUGCGUUAUUUGUAUAUUCGGUUUCGGUUUAUAGUUUGCGGUGACGCAUGUUUAUGCCCAUGUGACGAAUAUUUAGAGAAUAAACAGCCAUUUUAUAUAUAAAAGAGGCCAGACAUAACUUCUUCUGCUUCACUUUGUUGUAUUGCUGAUAGAGCAAUGGCCUCUUUACUGUGGUCAGGGCCUCCCAUGCUGGGGGGGGGGUUAAUUUUGUUAAACAAGCUUAAUUGAGGCCCCUUUUUUUGCAGAAGCAUGGGUAAGUUCAUACAUUAAAACACCACUGAUUGUUCAGUGUUUUACAGUUUCUACACUGGCUGACUUCAUACGGGUGGAACGGAAGUUUCUGAAAUCCAGCAGAUGCCACUUUUGGCUCUUAUUCUCCAUGCAUUGUACAUGAAGGCUGGUCUGCCUCAUAUGCUUGACAUGAAGGCGCUGGAAUGUUCUCGAUAAGCUCACAGAUAACGACAGGCCCCUGCGUACUUGGGUAUGUUUGUUGUCAUUGUUUACAGGCUUCUUUGGCAGCCUUAUCUCGCUGGCCUUAAAGAUGGCGCCCAGCCCAGUCUUUCCUCAAUAUAAUAGACUGUAUAUUUCUCACACUUUCAGUUGCUUUUGACAGUGAUUUUGGUCAUUAAGCCACCUCCCCUGAUAUGACAGGAUGGCAGGCAGGUGCUGUUUAAAACCGAACAGUAAUGCCCUGAGAGUGGGUUAUGCAGGCAGCGCCCUUAAGAGUUAAUCGCAGUGACGUAACAGACCCAAAUUGACCUCUGUAAAGUAGCUCCCAUGGUUACAGACAUGACCAUGUCUGAGUAGACCAACCACAGGGCUUGCAGGGCAGGCUCCUUGCUCGGAGGAUGUGUGCGUGACUUCAGUAUUAUGUCAGGGGAGGUAUCCAUCUUCCUGUCUCCGUGACAGACCGGCCAUUCCUGGAUGUUUGUACUUCACUGUGAAACUUUAAUCUACGGCCGCAUUCAUUUUGCCUGGAGAACGACGUCCCCACUUGGCAGAAGUUCCCGGACGUCUCCGGUACGUGUGGAAAACCGAGACGAAUUGUCAGAUUGCGUUUGUGGGGUUUAUGAGAUCCAGGACAUGGAGAUAACCAAAAAAAAAAGACUAAUAAAAAUAUAGCUGUCA